GGAAGAUGAAGGCGGCGGCCAUGUUGGGAGCUUCAGGGUGCUUUUGGUGCGGGGUGUGCUGAGGGAGUCUGCGCAGGGAGAGCCGUCGCUGGGGGAUCGGCGGAAGGUCGGGCUCGAAGCGGGAGGAGUAGAGCGCCUACUACGACUCUGAGCUGGGCUUGCUUAGUUGCUUGUGCCCAGCUUCAGGAGCGCUCGGCAGGGGAGGAGGGGGGGUGUCCCUGACCGAGGAGCCAGCACCAUGAGCGGGGGGACGCCCUACAUCGGGAGCAAGAUCAGCCUGAUCUCCAAGGCCGAGAUCCGCUAUGAAGGGAUCUUGUACACCAUCGACACCGAAAACUCCACUGUGGCGCUGGCCAAGGUUCGCUCCUUUGGUACAGAAGAUAGACCAACUGAUAGACCUAUACCACCUCGUGAUGAAGUCUUUGAGUAUAUUAUAUUCCGUGGCAGUGACAUUAAAGACCUAACUGUCUGUGAGCCACCAAAGCCUCAGUGUUCUUUGCCACAGGACCCUGCUAUUGUUCAGUCUUCACUAGGAUCUUCGACUACAUCUUCGUUCCAGUCUGUGGGGUCCUAUGGUCCUUUUGGCAGAAUGCCUGCAUACAGUCAGUUUAGUCCAAGCCCACUGGUGGGGCAGCAGUUUGGUGCUGUUGGAGUUGCAGGAGGUUCUUUAACAUCUUUUGGAACAGACUCUUCAGCCAGUGCUAGCAUGUCCCAAAGCACUGCAGUUGGUUCUGCAUUUACAACAGAUGCAAGAUCACUAAAAACACAGAUGUCUCAAGGUCGUUCAAGCCCUCAGAUAGAUCAUUUGAGAAGGAGCCCCACCAUGGAACAAGCAGUACAAACAGCUUCAGCCCACUUGCCUACUCCAGCACCAGUUGGGAGGAGGAGUCCUGUACCAGCCAGACCUUUGGUGUCUGCUAGCCAAAAAUCGUUAGAGAAUCAGGAGCACAGAAGAGCUGAAGCACACAAGGUUUCAAGAUCAGAAAAUGAACUCAGAAAUGAAAACAAACGACAAAUUGUUCCAGGCGGACCUUCAGCACGGAGAGGCCGCGGAGGUCACAGAGGGGGCCGAGGAAGAUUUGGUAUUAGGAGGGAUGGUCCAAUGAAGUUUGAGAAGGACUUUGACUUUGAAAGUGCAAAUGCACAGUUCAACAAGGAGGAAAUUGAUAGAGAAUUUCAUAAUAAACUGAAACUAAAAGAAGAUAAACUUGAGAAACCAGAGAAGCCUGUAAAUGGAGAAGACAAAGGUGACUCAGGUGUUGAUACCCAAAAUAGCGAAGGGAAUGCGGAUGAGGAAGAUCCACUUGGACCCAACUGCUACUAUGACAAAACCAAAUCCUUCUUUGAUAACAUCUCCUGUGAUGACAAUAGAGAACGGCGACCCACCUGGGCUGAGGAAAGAAGAUUAAAUGCAGAGACCUUCGGAAUACCACUGCGUCCCAAUCGCGGCCGUGGAGGGUACAGAGGCAGAGGGGGGAUUGGCUUCCGAGGUGGAAGAGGACGAGGAGGUGGAAGAGGUGGCUUCACUGCCCCCCGAGGAUUUCGUGGUGGAUUCAGAGGAGGUCGUGGAGGCAGGGAGUUUGCUGACUUUGAAUAUAGGAAAGACAACAAAGUUGCUGCAUAGUCUACAAGAAAGCUGAAACCGGGUGAACGUCUAGAUCUUCUUGAUCCAGAGAAUUAGUUUCAAUCUCUGCAAAGAAUGAAGUUAAUUUGCUGUAUACUUGUCACCAGCACUGGGUUUAACUAUUUAAUUUCAAAGGGGUGUAAUGCAGUUACUUUUGAAAAAUGGCCAUCUUUGAAAACAGUGAGCAUUAAAUAUAUUUGAGACAGAAGGAUAAGUAAUUUCUUAUGUAUAGUUAAUUAUAAAGCAGUACUUCGAUGGAGUUUAAGUAUUUUUUCAUCACUGAAAGGAAUUUUCUUAUUACUAAACUGUAUUUGAUAAUUGCUUCAAGUUGUAAGGACAAUUGUAUGCAGAAGGCCGUCGAUACUGUGAGUGUUUUGAUCCACUGAAGGUUGUUUUUUGGAAAUCCUGUAAUAUCCCUUUUGAGAUAGUUGUACUUUUAUCAACUAGGGUGCUGGACAGUAGGAAACUUGCUUUGUCAGUCAAAUAUGUACACACAGUAAAUACUGUUUCUUAGGCAAAGGAAACUUUUUAUAUAGUUGUAAAAUUCCAUUAUAUCCCAUUGCCAAAGAAACAUUACAAACUUUGUAUAGCUGUAUAAAAAGCAACUAAUUUUUUAAAGAAUAAACAUUUUUAAGUCGGCAAACAUACUGUGUUAUUGCAAAAGUUGAUACGCUGAAGAACACUGAAUUAGUUGGUUUUUUUUUUUUUUUUCUUUAGCAGCUUUUCAGGCUUAAAUGUUUGAUUUUAUAUUUGGACUAUAAUGAAGAUUUGAAAAUGUUCUUCCAUUACACGAAACUGGAUACACUCUUCACUUCUCUUGCAAGAAUUUGAUUUUGUAGUUUCUGGCAUAUCACAGGAUUUGACCAAAUUAAGGAGGUAUUUUCAAAUAAGGAGAAGAGAAAUUUUCAUAUGUCGGAAUUUGCAAUUAAUUUUACUUAGUGAUAAAUAUUAACUUUUUUAAAUAAUGGACCAGGCACACGAGUUUGUGAUUCUCCUGGAAUGCCUGGGACAAAAGUAUGUCUCCGUUUGUCAAUUCUUGAAAUGUUAACUUUGUUGUAAUACCUGUAGACAUAAGCAAUUUAAAGAAUUCUUAGUGUUUGAAGUUGUUUGCAUUUUGAUAGACCAUAGCUUGGAGACAUGAAGACUCUGGUUCUAAGACCGUGAAGUCACAAAUGACAUAGUAUGGACUUUUUGCCAAUUCUGAAUGACUAGUUCCAACUUUUUGAUAUGCUGAAAUAGAAACCUGGUCAUUUGUGUCUGUAUGUGUAUAUGAAGGCCACAGGAAUAAAGGGAUCCAAAGAUUAAAACAUUUUGAUCUAAUUUGCUGAUUAUUUUUCUUUUUUUACUUUUAUCUUCAAAAUGUUCAGUGGUGAUAAAGAUGUGGAAAACUGCACUGUUGGAAAAUUGGAAUAUUUAAAAGUGGUUGAUGAUAGAAUCUUAAUUUUAUAACUUUUGUAUAGCACUACAAGGAAGUAUUUUGUAAUUGGUUUCCUUAUUAAGGUCAGGUAUUUGGCAACCGUAGAAGUUAGAUAAUAUUGUUUAGUAAUGUUUUUUGCAUGUUAACAACACCGCCUUUUGGGAUCCGCAAAUCAUGAUUCUGAGCAACUGUUGAGGUUUUGGGCCAUAGAGGCAAGUGCUGUACUGUUGCAAUACCUAUGUAUACUGUAUGAGGUGUCCCAGGCUUAUUUAAACACGAUGAAUUGUAAAUACCAAUGAUACCUGCUGCGAGGGUAUGGAUUGCGGUCUUUCCCCCCGGACGCGGGUGAGGAGGUGGGGAGCUCCGUGCCCGGGCGGCGGCAGCGUGGCGUACCUGCAGUGUACCUUGCUCCACGGCAGUGAGGGUUUCUCUUUUUUUAUUUUAAACCAGAAUAAACUGUUCGAUUACAAGCAGUC